UCGAAGCUUAAUCAAAGUCCGACUAUGAAAUUCUCAAUGACACAGCUACAGCUAAAGCGAUUCUUCUCAAGCGGUCCUCAUGUGCCCUAUACUUCUCCCCACACAGAGCUGUUCCUCAGUGAGGAGGAGCUGAAGAAACUGCAUGAGUUUGAGGAGCAGUGCGUGCAGGAGCACUUCCGGGAAAAGGAGGAUGAGCAGCAGUCAUCUAGUGAUGAGCGCAUCCGGGUCACAUGCGAGAGGUGUGCCAAGCUCUGCACUCCACUCUACGCGGGGUGUUCAUUUCAAAUCACUUGUUGAGUUUUUGGUUAAGGUUACAUGUAGUUGCUCAAAGUUCUCCUGUGUUUUAAAAAGAUCACCUUUCCCCCACCUUUGCAGUAGUGAUGCAAACUGUAUAUAGGAACGGGGAAAUAACAUUCAUUUCAAAUAAUCUGGCAGGGGGAAAAAAAAACACGUAGUUCCUCAAGUGGAGUGUUUACCUCAAACCCUGUUUCAGCUACAGGAAGCCAUCAUAAAAUCCCUGCCUCUGGUGCGCGGUUCCCUUUGCCAAGCCAGUGGCCGAGGAGCCUGCGUAUAUGCAUAGUUUCUGGCUAUUUCGGUGAAGACCAGAGGGAAAGCGCCCACCUCUGGUAUGGCAUGAAGAGUGAUAUCUGGGAGGGCUAGAGUAAGCAGUGGGUGUCUGAUUCCCUUAAUCCUCCAAACUAGGCAGGAUCUGUCCUGUAGA